AUAAACAAUAACAUUAGUGCAAGCAAACCCAACAAAGAAAGAGAGAGAGAGGGAGCAGAGCAGAGUGGCUUUUUGUGGGUCUAUUCUUUUGUGUUCAGUCUCUGAGUUAGUGUGUGAGAGAUAACCAAAUAAAGCUUUUUGAGUAAGCAAACCCCUUUUUCCUCCCUCAAAUCUCGCACCCCAUUAGGUUUCUACCUUCCCUAUACUGAUUCAUUCAUUCCACCUUCUAAAUAGAAACAUUUUUCUGCUAUUUUUUACCCCCUCUGCACUCAAAACCCUUAACUUGGAUUCAUAUUCGUACAUGUUACACUGCAUUGUUUUCCUUCAUUCUUUGUAGCAAUCCUUCCUUUUGUAUAAACCAAGUUUCUUCUUUUAUGUUAGGCUUCGCAUUUGAUAGUGCAUUUGCAUAAGGGGUGUUGGUUAUUUGAGAUUUUGUGGUUAGGUUAAGAUGUUCACUGAAGGCCUUGACAGAAAUGCACUUCGAUGGGUUAGAGAGAAGGAAGUUCCAAUCUCAAACACCACAUUGAGAUCUCGCAAUGAUCCCGUCAGUGGGAUGAAGAGUGGUGCUGGCAGAGGGUUUGGGUUACCGCCACCGGCAAAAUUCCGAAGUGGGCAUCUUCCUGCCAAUUCAAUCCCUGUAUCAACAGUUAUACCGCCUGAGACUGGCGAUAGCGGUUCAAAUUCUGAUAAUGAUAUGAGCAUUGACUCGGAGGAAGAUGUGUAUGGUGGUAGAUAUUCGUUGGAUUCGUCACCGCAAGACCACAGAGUCCCCAGUGGUGCUGCUAGGGGACAUGGGAACUUCAGUCAAAGGGGACCCCGGUAUGGUAGUGAUUAUACAUACUCUGAGGUUAGUUCUUCCAGGGAAACACUGGUUGGUAGAGCUGGUACUGUGAGGGAUCCGUUGAUGAGGAGGGCCGCAAAUGUAAGGCAGAGUGGCUUCACAGAGGAUGAUUCAUCGGAUUCAGCAGCAAGCUCCGAAUUCUCUACCACCCAAGUAGGAAGUAUCAAUGGCACUCUGCCUAGAAGUAGAGCCUAUAUGUCAGAAGGGUAUACUUCUAGUGUGCCUUCAAGGAUGAAUGUGCAUAGUGCUGCAGAAAAGAAUGGAAGAUUAUCUGAUGAUGAUGAGGAUGACAUUCCCAGUGCACCUCCAUUUUGCGGUUCUCAGGGGAUCAGACAAACACAUGAGGAAAUUACUGCUUCCGGAGCACACACUGCUCCUAAAAAAGCAGAAUCAAGUUCUUUGAAAACUAUGUCUGAUAAGAUAGAAAAUCAUGUUGAAAAUGAGAGCACUGACCAAUUUGUUAGAACUGCUACUGGUUCAGAGGCUGCUCCAUCUUCAAAUUCACAUCCACCUCGCCUUCCAACAUUUCAUGCAAGUGCUCUUGGGCCAUGGCAUUCAGUGAUUGCAUAUGAUGCUUGUGUGCGUCUUUGCCUUCAUGCUUGGGCAAUGCAGUGCAUGGAAGCUCCUAUGUUUUUGGAAAAUGAAUGUUCUUUACUUAGGGAUGCAUUUGGAUUGCGACAGGUACUAUUGCAGUCAGAGGAUGAACUGAUGGUGAAGUGCAAUUCUGAGCUUUCCAGCGAGGGUGUUGCACCAAAGCCCAAAAAACUUAUUGGCAAGAUGAAGGUGCAAGUACGGAAAGUCAAAAUGGGCCUGGACCCUCCUACUGGCUGUAACAUGUCAUCAUUGAUGACACACAAACUUAGAAUGGAUUCUGUGAGAUACCACUUCUCCAAUUUGCAGUCAUCACUAUCAUCCGGAUGGCAAAAGCUCAAGAGAGUUCGAUUUGUACCUCAUUUGCCUGCGAAUGGUUCCUUAGCACGGCAAAGCUUGGCGUAUGUGCAUGCUAGCACUCGAUAUAUACAGCAGGUGUCUGGACUCCUGAAAGUUGGGGUAACAACCCUCCGGAACAGUUCAUCAUCAUAUGAAGUUGUGCAAGAGACGUACUCGUGUUUCUUAAGACUAAAAAGUUCAGUUGAGGAAGAUGCCAUUAGGUUGCAGCCUGGAUCAAGUGAAGUCCAUGUGUUUUUUCCAGAUAGCCUAGGAGAUGAUUUGCUUGUUGAAGUUCAAGAUUCCAAGGGAAAGCAUUUUGGCCGAGUUCUUGUCCAAGUGGCUACUGUUGCAGAUGAUCCGGCUGACAAAUUACGCUGGUGGCCAAUUUAUCGUGAGCCAAGCCAUGAGCUUGUGGGCAAGAUACAACUUUAUAUAAAUUAUUCAACAACUGCAGAUGACAAUAGUCAUCCCAAGUGUGGUUCUGUAGCAGAGACAGUUGCAUAUGACUUGGUUUUGGAAGUUGCAAUGAAAAGUCAAGGCUUUCAACAAAGAAACCUAUUGUUGAAUGGUCCAUGGAAAUGGCUUUUGACAGAGUUUGCAUCAUAUUAUGGGGUAUCUGAGAUAUAUACCAAGUUGAGAUAUCUAUCUUAUGUGAUGGAUGUGGCUACACCGACAGCAGACUGCCUUAACUUGGUGUAUAAUCUGCUAGGACCUGUUAUCAUGAAGGGAAAUGGCAAGACUUCUCUGAGCCACCAGGAGAAUCGAAUACUAGGAGAGACCAAGGAUCAAAUUGAACAGAUUCUUACUCUUGUUUUUGAGAAUUACAAAUCACUUGAUGAAUCUUCUUUCUCGGGCAUUAUAGAAGUUUUCAAACCAGCCUCUGGUCAUCCAGCGUCUGCAUUGGAACCUGCUGUUAAACUAUACAAGCUUCUUCAUGAUAUCUUAUCUCCUGAGGCUCAAACUGCCUUUUGUCAUUAUUUCCAGGUUGCUGCAAAAAAGAGGUCCAGAAGGCACUUGAGUGAAACAGAUGAAUAUAUUACACAAAAUAAUGAAGGCAGUUUGAUGGAUAGCAUGGCUAUGUCUACUGCUUACCAGAAGAUGAAAGCCCUUUGCAUAAAUCUUAGAAAUGAGAUCCAUACCGAUAUCCAGAUUCAUAAUCAAAAUAUACUUCCUAGCUUUGUGGACCUGCCAAAUCUUUCUGCUUCCAUAUACAGCACAGAGCUGUGCAAUAGAUUACGAGCCUUCCUCAUAUCUUGUCCACCAACAGGCCCAUCAUCACCAGUGGCAGAUCUUGUCAUUGCAACAUCAGAUUUUCAAAGAGAUCUCGUAAGCUGGAACAUUAGUCCAAUCAAAGGAGGAGUAGACGCAAAAGAGUUGUUCCAUUUGUAUAUUCUUGUCUGGAUCCAGGAUAAACGCCUAUCUUUGCUGGAGUCGUGCAAAUUAGAUAAGGUGAAAUGGUCAGGAGUUAGAACCCAACAUUCAACUACACCCUUUCUUGAUGACAUGUAUGAGCGUCUGAAGGAGACAUUGACAGACUAUGAGGUCAUCAUUUGCCGCUGGCCAGAAUAUACCUUGGUUUUAGAGAAUGCUGUUGCUGAUAUUGAAAAGGCCAUUGUGGAAGCUUUAGACAAACAAUAUGCAGAUGUAUUGUCUCCUCUCAAAGAAAGCAUGGCUCCUAAGAAAUUUGGUCUUAAAUAUGUCCAAAAACUUGCCAAACGAUCUCCAUGUGCAUAUGUGGUUCCUGAUGAGCUUGGAAUUCUUUUGAAUUCUUUGAGGAGAAUGCUUGACAACUUGCGUCCCAGGAUUGAAUCCCAGUUCAAGUCAUGGUGUUCUUGCUUGCCUAAUGUUGGAAACACAUUGCCUGGUGAGCGACUUAGUGAAGUGACAGUGAUGCUAAGAGCAAAGUUCAGGAACUACGUGCAAGCUAUUGUGGAGAAACUUGCAGAGAAUACUAAGUUACAGAAUACUACAAAAUUAAAAAAGAUUCUUCAAGAUUCAAAGGAAACUGUGGUGGAGUCUGAUUUAAGAAGUAGAAUGCAGCCAUUGAAAGAGCAGUUGGCUAGUACCAUAAGUCACAUUCACAGUGUCUUUGAGACUCAUGUUUUCAUUGCCAUUUGUCGAGGUUAUUGGGAUCGUAUGGGACAGGAAAUCUUAAGUUUCUUGGAGAACAGAAAAGAGAAUAGAUCGUGGUACAAGGGUUCAAGGGUGGCUGUUACUAUUCUGGAUGAUACCUUCGCGUCACAGAUGCAACAGCUUUUAGGAAAUGCAUUGCAAGAGAAAGAUCUGGAGCCACCUAGAUCCAUCAUGGAAGUUCGAUCCAUGCUCUGCAAGGAUGCUCCCAAUCACAAGGACAACACUUUUUACUAUUAGGCCAAAUACUACAUGUAAAUAUGAUGAGAAGAAUACACGGGGGUAAAAGGAGAACAUGGAAAUGGGUCACCAAUUUUGUAGUAGGAGCAAGCAACUCAACUGCUCCCUGAAAGAUUAAUGUGCUCUUCAAGUGGAAUAGUAAAUUUUCAACACAUGGUAUAUAUAUAUAUAUAUAUACAGCAAAUUAUUCAUUGCAUACUUAGUACUAGUAAUAUAAAAUUUACUAGCGUUUUGCACUCU